GAGUACAUAUUUCUUUAAUGAAUAUUUUGUUUCACUUCGUUUGCAUUUGCAUUUGUUACGUUGUUUUCUUUUGUUGGUGGACUGCCCGCCCACACGACACCAGGAUUCCCGUCACUGUCUACACCGCUCAGCACUACCCUCGAGCAACUGGCCGCCUCUCGCCAUUCUGGAAGCCGCAGUCCCCGUCCAGCCAACAUGGUAUUCCACUCUCACUCAGCUGGAAAACCUUCUCUGGCUGCGCUCGCCCGUUCCUCCCAGACCAAGGGGACCACUUCGCUUGCACAAAGGGGAGGGAAACCCAGCCUCGCCGCUCUAGCCGCUUCCCGCUCUCAAGCUUCAGCCUCAGGAGGGCCAACAACAAAACCCAGCCUGGCAUCCCUCGCCAAAUCCCACACGCCUACCAGCUCCUCG